AUGGAACAAAUGCUUGCAGCAUUGACUGAGGCUAUGAUGCAACAACAAAGACAACAACCUUUGCCCCCUUCACCUUUGCCGGAACAAGCCGAAACAGAUAAUAAUGAUAUUAUUAACCCGACACAGAAAUUCAUGAAGAUGAAACCGCCAACAUUCCUAGGUAGAAUUGAACCGUUGAAAGCAGAGACAGGGUUGCUUGAGAUGGAAAAACUAUUUGAGGUGUUUCCCUGUACCGAGGUUCAGAAAGUUUUAUUGGCCACCUAUACUCUGAAAGACGAAGCUCGGAAAUGGUGGUUAUUGAUUCGGAAUACCAAUGGGAAUAUGAUGUGGGCUCGAUUUAAUGAGAUCUUUUAUGAAAAAUAUUUGCCUCAAUGUUUUCGGGACCAAAAAGUAUUUGAAUUCCAAGAACUUAAGCAAGAUUGA